UCAUAGCGCCCAGCAGGAUAGAGGACUGGCAAAACUGCAGAUCUGGGAGCUGGAUUUACUUUUCAGAGAUCGCCAAUCUGACGGUGGAAGGGCGUGGGAGAGGAGUGAUCGACGGCCGUGGUCAAGUUUGGUGGAGCAGAGCCAAGCACUCCCGCCUCCUUCCCCGUGAUGACAACGACCACGCUUGCAAAACAAGCCCCAAGGGGAUGACCUUCUUCAGAAUGGAGAACCUUCAAGUGAGUGGGCUCACCAGUGUGGACAGCCCAAGAGCCCACAUAAGAAUUCAGAACUGCACUUCUGUAAAGCUCACCGCCCUCCAAAUCGAAGCCCCUGACGAAAGCCCCAACACCGACGGGAUCGCCAUUGCUGCCUCGAGCUACGUCCAAAUCCUUGACUCCACCAUCGGAACAGGUGAUGACUGCAUUUCCAUCAAGGGCGGGACCUCGUUCAUCGACAUCGCCGGCGUUAAAUGUGGGCCCGGCCAUGGAAUUAGUAUAGGAAGCCUUGGAUACGAAGGAGCAUACGACACGGUGGAAGAAGUCAAUGUUCGAAAUUGCGUGAUCAAAUCAGCUCAAAAUGGUGUGAGGAUCAAGACAUGGGAGGGUGGAUCUGGCUAUGUUAGGGGUAUCCAUUUCGAAGAUAUCAUCAUUUCCAAGGCUAAAAACCCGAUCAUAAUCGACCAGAACUAUUGCGAUAAUCAAAAGCGUAGUUGCAAGGUGGCAUCGCCGGUGGUGAAGGUAAGCGACGUGACGUAUCGAAAUGUGAGAGGGACUUCGUGGAACCAGCCAUCGAUCACCCUGAUGUGUGCGAGAGGGACGGGUUGCACGAACAUCGUGCUGGACCACAUCAACCUCAACUCUGCAGAACCAGGGGAGAAGAGCUAUGCCGAGUGCAAGAACGUCGUCAAUGCCACUUUCACCUCGGUCGAUCCUCCCGUUUCUUGCCAGACUUCGUAGGGGUUAAUCGUUGUAGCCGAUGGCACCCGUGCAAUAAAUUGACCGAGUUAGU